AUGGAGAGGUUGAAUUAUGUUGUGUCUCUGCUGGAAAAUCAACCAUCUCAUUCUGUAGAGAGUGGUCCGGUUGUCUCCCCUGAAACCAACAACACCAACACAGUCUCCCCGUGGCUGGUUGCUCAGCACGACCACCCGCAAGUAUCCUCUCAAGCCUUGUCGCAUUGCAAUCUAUCCUGCCGUGUGUUGCAGUGGCCAAUUCUUCAUAAUGAGAGUUACGAUGCGGUAUUGGAAUCGAUGUUUGUGUCGGAGAAAGAGGAUUUAACAUCGCGUUCAUCACGCCCACGAGGUGUCGUGGAAGAAGAAUUCCCCGCCCAUGUCCGUUCUUUUCUUGCCAAUGUUCAUACUAAAAACCCGGUGGUGGAGCACAAGACAUUAAUCCAAUAUGCAAACGAUUUCGCAGAGAAUGACAUAUCGUGGGAUGGACCCAGUUGCCUGGUCCUACUGACUUCGGCGCUGGGCAUUAUCUCGACAACAUUUCAGCGUGUUCCAACGUCACAGCAGGCUCAACCAGAAUCCGAUAGAUCACUUGCAGAUGCUUGUUAUUUCGCAGCCCGAAAGCGCAUCGGCCUGCUGAGCGUGACGUCCUUACUAUACCUCCAGUGCUAUUUCCUUUCAGGUGUCUAUGAGAUGUAUACCCUACAACCAUUGAAAGCAUGGCACUCAUUCUACAUGGUAUCGACGGCGAUGCCAUUGUACACCCGCACUAGAAGUGCUGGAUCAAUCGAUAUUGAAACAAAUGAUCUGGAACAGCGUCUGUUCUGGUCUGCCUCGAAGUCGGAAUUUGAGCUCCGCAUUGAGCUGGACCUACCCGUCCCACUAGUCCCCGAGCCCAGCUUUCCAACAGACUAUCCAAAUCCCCCAACGGGUAGUAACGAUGUACCUGCAGAAUUUCCGCAGGAGGAGAGUUGGUAUUACUAUCUAUUCGAAGUAUCCCAGAAGCGAACGAUGUAUCAAGUCAUCAACACAUUCUACUCGAGCAAACAUGACACCCAGCUACUCGAAGCUCCAGUCGGGGCAAUGACACAAGAUGCCAUAGAACUGGAGCGACAUCAGACACUCGCCGCAUCACGACUCCCUCCCUGGCUACGAUUUGUCGAAGGCGAGGCCUCUGAUCGGGAAUUGCCACAUUUCAUCCAUACCCGCUCUCUCUCUGUACAAGACAGUAUCCUUCGACCCUUUCUAUUUCUCUUGAUUCACUCAACUGUCUUGCAACCACCUACUGUCUGCGGAUUUGCCCAACGCUGCUUGGAGGGGUGCUACGCUAUCAUCAACCUGGGCAAUAUCCAGCAUCGACAUCAUGGAAGCUGGUUCCAGGCCCGUGCAUCCUUCCGCUGUGGAUUGUCUAUUAUUGCAGCGAAGAAGAGUGAGAAGAUAACUGUCCGCUCUGAUUGGAGACACUUCGCAGAUAUGGCGUUGAGCGUACUCGAGUUCUGGGGAAAGGUUGCUGCCGACUUGCAAAGGCUGGCUGUCGUCUUUCGCAGUGUUUAUGAUAAGAUGUCAGAUUAUGAUUGA